AUGACUACCACAUAUGGUGGUCCUCCUGGGCGCAGAGACUUGGAUUACGCUGUCUCUUUUUUGGGAGGAUGUUUCGCUGGUACCUGCUCUACAUUAGUUACAAAUCCCCUCGAUACUAUUCGUGUUCGCCUUUCAGCAAGCCGCACAGCCACUGGCAAGGCACACAAAAGUCUUUUUUAUACUGUGAGGGAUCUUUUCGGUGAUGGCUUUAAACAUGCCUUUUCCCGCGGUCUUGGAGCCAACUUAAUGGCGUCGCUUCCAUCAAACGGUAUUUAUUUGCCUACAUAUAGGUUGCUUCAACGGGAAUUAUCAUAUGUAGGAGUGGAUGAGCGUGUACGUCCUGCUUUAAGUGCUUUCGGUGCUGUAAGUGCAACAAAUUUAACUCUAGCACCUCUUUUUUUGGUGCGCACACGGGUUCAGGUAGAAGAUAAAUUGACAAUACGACAAGUGUUUAAAGAUGUAAUACGUCGCGACGGUUUUAUCGGGUUUUAUCGUGGUACAUUGACAAAUAUAUUAGGUCGUUUUGUUGAAGAAGGCCUCUUCUGGAGUAUUUAUGAGUUACUGAAGCGUAUAACGAAUGAAGGUACUUUCACAGGUGGAAAUACUUUUGUUAUGGCCUCAGUGGCAAUGUUGUCGCUUACAAUGGUUUCAAAGCUCGCUGCUACUAGUAUAGCUUACCCAUACAAUGUUGUCAUGACACAUCUACGUACUGUAAACCGAUUUACAGGAAAGUAUGAACAUACUCAAGUCUUACCUACUGUGCGGCAUAUAUAUCGCGCAGACGGUCUGCUUGGUUUUUACAAGGGACUUUCCCCGCAACUGCUGCGUAGUGUUAUAAGCAAGGCGACACAAAUAUAUGCUUUUGAAGUUUUUAUGUAUGCGUAUUACUGUUUUAGUAAUAAUAGUGCAAAAGUUGUCUCGUCUCCUUCUUCUUCUUCUCCUCCUCCUCCUGUUAUUGUGUCUACAGCUGCAACUACAGUGUCAGAGGUAGAAUGA